AUGCGUGAGAAUCGCCAUUUGUUUGAUAACGGAGCAGUGGAGGCCUUCCUGGUGUCUAAGCGGAAAGGCAAGAGCCGUUCUCGAAGCUCUCACACAUCAGGAACUAGUCGACAAAACCGAUCUUCGUCCUAUUCAUCAUCGUCCAGUCUAGACAGUGAUGACAGCGCGUACAGCUCUCAAGACUCCGCUCUCAAUGUAUCACAAACGUCGCUGAGUUAUGACGAAGGAGUUUCGAAUGCAGCGGCGUUCGAGCAUUUUGACGCGACUAUCGGCUUGUCAGCGUCUGCUUUCGACCCGUUAGCCUCCAACGCACGACUGAAUCUGCUGCAAAAUGACACAGAAACGCCCGUACCAGUGGAAAAUAAAGGAGGUUUACCCGACGAUGCUACAGCUCGAAAGAAUGAGAUGGCCAUCCGAAGCUUCCGUCUGUUUGAGUCUCACCGCAAGCUCCGUCGUCUACGUGUUCCAAUGGGCGAACUGCAACUGCUUCGUCCGCUGUCUCGGGGCACAACGGGUGAAAUUUGGCUUGCACUGCACAGUAACAGCCAGGUCGCACUCAAGCAACUGGUGCCGGAAAAGCGUCGCUUGUUGCAUGAAAUGGAGAUGUUUCUGGCCGAAAUCUACCUCAUGGCACAGUUGAAACACCCUCACAUUGUGACUCUGAAUGGUAUCGCGUGGAACACAUUGGAGCACGUGGUCAUGGUGCAGGAAUUCAUGGAAGGUGGCGACUUGCAGCAUUUCCUAGCGCAGCAAAAUGUCAGUAAAGCCACCUCAACAGCUCCGAUAAGUUCGGGGAACACGAUUGUAGGACGCUCUAGCUCAGUAUCCGGGGGAUUACCGCAGGUGAACGAAGCUGUGGCCGUCGCAGCGACAUCCUCAGGCUCGUUUGCUGGCGGUCUUGGAGCUGCUGCUGGCGGGUUGAUUGUAGUGGGUUUCGAUACUAAACACACUUCAAAUGGGGAAGCUGGCACUUGCUAA